UUCGAAUUUCUGAGCAUGAUGAUCUGACGAUAUCUGUGAAGUUGGAGGCUCUGCUAGGUAGAGGUGAUCACAUCAUUCAAGUGCAAGUGCUCCUUUCUCUUGCUGCCUUUGCGUAGGAGAUGAGUGAGACUGCUGACGUCAGCAGUCCUGGCUGUAUGGAGACACGCCCAACCAGUUGGCUCACUUGCUCGACAUCAGUGCUACUGCCUGUAUGCCCAACUUUAGCCUGGCCCCAGCGCUGGAUGUCCUCUGCACGGGCUCCUACCCUAGACUUCCCUCCUGCAUCAGGGACAACAUAGUCCCCCCGUCACCCCUGACGGGGCCCGAGGCUGACGCGGCACUCUCUCUCCUCACCGUCGCCAUCAGGAGACGACUUCUCUGUGAGCAGAUCCCUCCUCAGAUGACAGUCAGGAGUCUCGAAAAAGGGAUCGUUGUGUUCGAAAUACCACACGAGUUCCGACUGUCCCUCUCGGUCGUCGGCGACGACCUGAAGUUGCCGUGGCGACUGGUAAACCUGGAGGUAUUGGUGGGGGUGGGGCUUCCAGGUGGGCCACCGCUGUGCCACAGUCAGCAGACCCGGUACCUGACGCAGCUGGCACAGAGCCAUCUCGUGGCGGCCGAGUACCCCCUGACCCAUGUCUUCACCCUUCUACACACUUUCUGCCUCUCUCUGGUCUUGGACUGCCUACACACUCAGGCAGGUCUAAUGAGUUCUAUGGCAGCAGGUGGGCAUGUGAGGGUAGAUGAAUACCAGGUCGGACAACUGCUGAGACUGGGAUACUGGCUCCCCAGCACUCUCUCUCCCCUACCAGCUUCAGUUGCCCAGAUGGUACCUCGACUCCAGAUCACGGUGGACCCAUCCUCCCCCUCCCACCCCAUCACCACCACCCACUCCCCACCCCUCCCCGCGGGCACCACUGCACAGCUCUCACUGGGUAACCUCUGUCUGGAGAAGGUGGUGGGGAGGUGUGUGAGGGCUCGCUCCUCAGCCAAGCUUCAAUUGCUGCGAGACAGCCUCAAGAACACAGUCUGGGAGACAAGAGCUGUGUUGAGUUCGGAGCCGCUGUGUCUACGUGUGAGUGUCCCGGUGAGGGGUGGACACUGUGAGGUGGUGAUAGGAGUGGAUGUGAGGACGGGGACAAUGGGCGUGGCAGUGGAACCAGGUGCCGGUGGGGAGGGUGUGGAGAGGGAGGUGGGAGAGAUGGAGAGGGGAAUAGGUCAGCCGGGAUCUUAUCUACCAGGGCACCUCUCUAGACUACAAUGCCAGCUGUUUUUCGACCGUGUCACCGCGUGUGCCAAGGAACUGAGCCUUGCGGUGUCCCCUUCCCUUCCUUUCCCCUCCCCUCUCCCCCUCCCCUCCCCUCACCUCCUCUUCGUACAGCUCCUGCCCCUCGCCUACCUUGUGGUGUGCGCCGUUGAGUCGUCGGGAGUGGUUGCCCCUAGAUACUACCUGCUGGAGGUGGUGGAAACAAACGGAGGGGGACAGGGAGUCGACGAGGGGAGAAUGCCGCCCGUCCCCAGGAUUUUCUACUCCCCCGUUACCCUGGCAGAGUUGGAUGAUGCUCAGUUAGUGGAGGACAGCUUGAGAGCUGUUACAGUGAGGUCAAGUCCAGCUGUCGUCAAAAGAAAGCUCCAAGAGGACAGUCAUGGACUCCCUAGUACAAAGAGGGUGUGUGUGAUGAGCAGCCAUGUUGGUUUUUCCGCCCUCCCCUCUCUUUGCUCAUCUCGCCUUCUGCUGGCACAGAUCAAAACCAGCCUCAAGAUGUCUGGUAUCCGCGGCUACCAGGAGCUGUGGCCGGAGCACAUGUGUCCGUGUGUGAGUGUGUGUCAGUUUCCGCUGCUCCCAGGGCAGAGUCGCGACGUCCAUCGCCACCUCUCCUCCCUCUUCCUCUCCUGCCUCAUCUUCCCCGCCCCUUCCGGACACAAACUCGUCAUGGUCUUCUCCCCGCUAAUCCCAGCCUCCCAAGCCCCUGACGUAGUUCUCCAUCACCACCUCCCCCUAGGAACAGACCUCGGCCCCUCCCUCCUUGCAGACUGGGAGAGCAAGCUAGCCCUCCUAUCUAUGGCGCUGGAGCUACUCCACUAUCUCGAGGAUCCUCUGUGGCCGCUGGCUUCUUCCUCUCGUCUCUCUCACUUUGGAUACGACUCCCUCACUGUCAGCUAUGGAGAACACUCGUUGUCUCUACAUGGAGGUAUGAGUGGACUCCAGUUGUCCUUCUCUCUUGAGAGUCCUCAUGUCUUCCUGACUGCUCAUCUUCAGCAGACCCUCCUAGCAACCCUCUCCCUCCCUGUUCUACUCAAGGGAGUUGUUGGUACAGAGGAGACGCUUACUCUGCUGCACAAGUUUACUGAUUCUUUUCCUGGAGCUUCUUUGGUGCCACUCUCAGCUGCCCAGAUUCAACUUCAGUACAAUAGUCUAUCUCUCUCAAUGACCAUACUGACUGGAGGCAGCACAGAGUUCACUAAUCUCCAGUUUGCUCACCAGCGACUUCCCCAGACAAUGCCAGGCAUACCCAGUCCCCUCGGCUACCUCAAGGCAUUCAUCCAUGGGUUCCUGGGAGGGGAAGGGACAGUCCCUGAGCUAGAGGAGGCUGCCACACCCCUCUCUCGGCCCCAGACAGGCCGACUCCAGCCACCACAGAUGCCAAUCUCUUCCCCCUCUCGCCCGUUCCUCCCCUCCUCCCCCCUCCCCUCCAUCCCCUCCCUCCCCACCCCUCCCUCUUUCCCCCACUCUCUCCCCUCUCUCUCCCCUUGGUCCUACCCCACCACACCAGAACAGCUGCGCUCCCUUCUACUGGCUCCACCCAUUGCCACACCCACUACCACUCCCACCCCACCAUUAAUGAUAUUCAUGGCUAGUUUGUCUCAACUGUGUCAGUUCUGGCAGACGGCGGCUCUGGAUAGAGCCCAGCCCCCACCUCUCACUGGACAGUUGCAGUACAUGUCAACUGACAGAAGGGUGUACCACUAUCGUGCAGAUACUCUGAACGUGUCACUGUCCAUUGAGAAUGCACACUCGCCCACUCUCCAGCUACAGUUGACUCCUGCCAGAGAGGGAUGCUGGUCACCCCAGGAACUGCAGCUGCUGGUUGAUUUCUGGAAGAGUGAGGUGGCCUGUCCGCCAUUUUCCCUCCAAGCCAUCAUCUCUUACGUGAAGCUAAUUCAGCUUCCACUGCUGACUCUCAAGAGCUGCGUUCAACUCAUUGGAUACCAUCUGAUGCCACCUCCAAACCUGGUGUGGCAAGUGGCUCUGUGCCUGGUGAUACCUCCGGGAGGUGGAGAUGAGAUCCCUAUUCAACUGAAGCCUGGGACCUCUGGCGUCAUCUACAAGGGAAAACUACUGCUGAUGAUACAACUGAUUCACACGCAGGAUGGCAGGAAAGCCCUCAUUCCCCUCAUGCACGAUCUCCGUGCCAACAACACCUUCGCAGCCCGCCACGCCCACCAGACGCCAGCCCUCAGCAACAUUGACACUAUCCUCAAGAAAGCUUCUCAGGAAUGCAUACGGCCCAGUCAGUUAUAUAUUAUAUACACUGUUGCUGCAUCCCAGCUUUUUUUUUGUGCUUCGGCCAUUGUGGUUGUUAUUUCUUAUGCACACCUGCAUUUUUGUGCAGUGUAUACAUACUUGGUGUUUCAUGUAUCACUAAAAAGUGCCAAAACGGUCUGAUUCCCCUCUCCUCCUCCUCCUAUAGAUCAUCAAGAAUCCUCCAUCUUCCCAGCUGUGAAAGCUCUCCUCAAUUACUCCCCAAGCUCCACCUAGCAACUCCUUCCUCUACACAGACUCCACACUGUCAAAAAUUGGACACAAUUUCACCCUUUUUUCAACAUCCUGCAUGAUAAUGUAACUCUUGCGCAUGCAAUGCACAGUGUCCUAAUGAACGA